AUGACCAUCGAAGACUUUGAGAACGCUGCCUCCAUCGUGCCGUUCAAUAUUGCCGAGACUUGGAUGGCCAACGCUUCGCGCCAACAAGGAAUCAGCAUUCAGAUCAACUACAUGCAAAAGGCCAUCAUCUUCGGUGCCCCCACAAAAGUGGACAUGCCGGAGCCUUUCUUUUUCUUGGUGCGGACAUUGUAA